CGUCAAAUAAUGAAGUCUUUCAUCGGCCCGUCAUCGUGUCGUAAAUAUAAAUUAUAAAUAAGGCAGUGUCUUCUUCUGCAAAUAUCACUAAUCAACCUUCUCCGAUCUUCUCUUCUCUCUCUCAACUUUAACCUGCCACUCAUUUACCAUAUCGGAAGUGGGCUGGAUUCAACAUGACAACUUUGGAAGAGAUACCUGGGCCUCCUGGACUUCCUUUCCUAGGGAACGUCCAAGAUGUUGACCCCAUCAGUCCACUUGCUAGUAUUGAGCGUUUGGCAGGAAUAUAUGGUAGGAUUGAUGUAACCCCCUCCUUUCUGUUAAUGUCGCUGAUCGUAUUUCCCUCUAAACCAGGUUCCAUCUUCAAGCUUAAUACUGGCGGUACUGAAAAAUUGUGGAUAUCCUCGCAGGCACUCCUCAAUGAGGUCUGCGACGAGAAGAGGUUCACGAAGAUAGUGUCUGGCAGCUUAGAGCAAGUUCGACAUGGUGUCGGCGACGGCCUUUUCACUGCCAAAUAUGGCGAAGAAAAUUGGGAAUUAGCACAUAGAGUAUUAAUGCCAGGUGUGUACCAGGAGUCGCAACAAUUUGUUACUGCGAGUUGACAAGAUACAGCAUUCGGGCCUCUAUCCAUUCGAUCUAUGUUUGGUGAAAUGCAUGAUAUUGCUUCACAAUUACUUAUGAAAUGGGCGAGAUUUGGUUCGAAAGAGAAGAUUGACGUUACAGAUGAUUUCACGAGAUUGGCACUGGACUCCAUCGCUUUGUAAGUCAUACAUUCGUAUUCACGAUUCACGGGGCAACUGAACUUACCGGGAACUCAGGUGCGCGAUGGGUACCCGGUUCAAUAGCUUCUACCGUGAAGAAAUGCAUCCCUUCGUUGGCGCCAUGAGUGGAUUCCUUGUCGAAUCUGGUGCUAGAGCUCAGCGACCUGCUAUCGCCAAUUAUUUUAUGCGCUCUGCACAAGCCAAGUUCGAUUCUGACAUAGAGCUGCUUCAGAGUGUCGCCAAAGAACUGUUGGCUGAGCGACGGGCGAAUCCCAAUGAUAAGAAAGAUCUGCUUAAUGCCAUGAUCAACGGCAGAGAUCCAAAAACUGGAAAAGGCCUCUCAGAUUCGAAUAUUUUGAACAAUAUGAUUACCUUUCUCAUUGCCGGUACAUAAACUUUCCACUGUGUAUCGGGUACCUCUAUUCUAACCAUCCUCCCAGGUCAUGAAACGACAAGUGGAAUGCUCUCUUUCCUUUUCUAUUAUUUACUGAAGAAUCCUUCAGCAUACCAGGCAGCUCAACGCGAGGUCGAUGGAGUUGUUGGCAAGGGACCCAUAACCAUUGAUCACCUUUCGAAGCUCCCAUACAUAGAAGCUUGCCUGCGGGAGACACUGAGAUUGAAUCCUCCAGCACCGGUUAUCUCCUUCUAUCCCCUGCCUGAUUCAACUGAGUCGCCUAUAAUCAUCGGUGGUAAGUACGAAGUGAAGCCAGGGCAAUCAGUAGUUGCUCUCAUCCCCGAAAUUCACCGCGAUCCCACUGUCUACGGUGACGAUGCCGAUUUGUUCAAACCAGAACGAAUGUUGGACGAGCCAUUCAGAAAUUUGCCACCCAACGCCUGGAAACCGUUCGGCAAUGGUAUGAGAGGGUGCAUCGGAAGACCUUUUGCAUGGCAGGAGGCACUUCUGGCCGUCGCUAUGCUCUUACAAAACCUCAAUUUCAGAAUGGAUGAUCCAAGUUACAAUCUUCUCAUCAAACAAACAUUGAGUAUCAAGCCAAACGGGUUUUACAUGCGCGCGAGUCUCCGGGAUGGCAUUGAUCCUCUUGACCUUGAAAAAAUGCUGCAUGUUGAUACUUCCAAAGAGCGACUGUCAGAGGGCGAUUCAAAACCUGGCAAGGAUUUGAGCAACUCGGGAAAACCAAAACAACCGAUGUCUAUUUUCUAUGGUUCAAACUCAGGAACAUGUGAAGCCUUGGCUCGAAAUCUUGCCAGAGAAGCUAGUGGACGUGGCUAUGAGGCUCGAGUUGACCCUCUUGAUGCUGCUGUAGACAAAAUCCCGAAAAACCAGCCAGUAAUCUUGAUAUCGUCAAGUUAUGAAGGACAGGCUCCUGAUAAUGCUCGCCAUUUCGUUGAGUGGUUGGAAAACCUUAAAGGUAGUGACCGCCUUAAGGACAUUAAAUAUGCUGUUUAUGGCUGCGGAAAUCGUAUGUGCUCCCAUACUUUGUAGCUGUUGAGGAAGGGAAAAUGAUCAUUAACAGUUCUUCCAGAUGAUUGGGUAGCUACUUAUCAGCGAAUUCCGAAAUUGCUCGACACCGAAUUGGAGAAUAACGGCGCAACGAGAAUCGUAGAUGCUGGGGUAGGUGACGUUGCUGCUGGAGAUAUCUUCGAAGCUUUUGACAAGUGGCAAGAUAAUUGUCUUUGGACUCAAUUAGCUAGCAGUGCGGAUUGUGAAGAAGAUGUAGGAUUGGAAAUCGACAUAGAUUCUAGUGCCCGGUCCUCUAGGCUUCGACAAGACGUACGCGAAUCAAUUGUUUUAAGCAACAAGGUUUUGACCACACCGGGAGUGUCGGAGAAGCGUCACAUAUCACUCAAAUUACCGACAGGUAUGGCAUACCGUGCUGGCGACUACAUGGCAGUGCUGCCGAUAAACAAUUCAAAGAAUAUCCGACGGGUGCUGAAACAUUACGGACUUCCCUGGGAUGCUAUGUUGAAUAUCAAAGCUAGUGCUAAUACUACUUUACCAACUGGACACCCCAUAUCUGUGUGGGAUGUCCUUGGGGCUUAUGUUGAACUUAGUCAAGUUGCCACUCGGAAGGUACUAUUUUCCCUCAUCCUCCUAUUUAUCAAAAUGCUAACUUUGGUAGAAUGUUGCAAAAAUAGCCGCAAGUACCCCUGAACCAGACGUGAGAGAAAAGAUCGAGUAUCUGGGUAAGGAAGGCUUCAAUCAAGAAGUUUUCCUUAAACGUCGUUCGCCAUUGGAUAUCCUCGAAGAAUAUCCAUCUGCCGCACUAUCUCUGGGAGACUUCCUAGCAAUGCUUCCGCCCAUGAGAAUACGUCAAUACUCCAUCUCUUCAUCACCGCUUCAUGACCCCACAGUCGCCACCCUGACCUGGUCUGUUCUCGACGCUGUUUCAAAAGCCGGAGAGUCAAAGCGUUAUUUGGGGGUAGCAUCGAAUUACCUUUCUUCUGUUGAGGAGGGAGAUCGUGUGCAUGUCUCUGUCAGACCAAGUCGUGGAUCUUUUCAUCCACCCACAGAUUUGGAGAACACUCCGGUAAUCUAUAUUUGCGCCGGGACUGGGUUAGCUCCCUUCCGUGGGUUUGUACAAGAGCGAGCAUUGCAGACCGCAGCUGGACGAAAACUAGCCGCUGCAUAUUUGUUCAUUGGCUGUGGACAUCCCGAUAAAGACUCUUUGUUCUCCGAGGAGCUAAAGCAAUGGGAAGCGGAUGGAGUAGUAAAGCUGUAUUACGCCUUUUCGCAAUCUCCAGAACUAAGUAAAGGAUGCCGCCAUAUUCAGGAUAGACUUUGGGAAGAAAGAGAAGAGCUUAGGAACGCUUUUGAAAAUGGUGCAAAGUUGUAUGUGUGUGGAUCAAGUAUGGUUGGUGAAGGCAUCUCGGUCAUGACUAAAAAGAUUUACGCGGAGGCUGCCGAUCUUCUCGGGAAGACCAAGACUGACGAGGAGGUUGAGGAUUGGUUUCAGAGCAUCAAAAAUGACAGGUUUGCUAGUGAUGUCUUCACUUGAUGGGAUGUGUGAAAGCGUGUUUGUGGCAUGGAGUAAGAUUUAGUUGAGCCUUUAGCAUUAUUAUGCCAAAGUCAUUUAUCGGUCAUUAACCAAUCAUUUGAAAUCUAUACAUAUAUGACUUGUUGGAACGUUUUUCUUGGUCUGACACUUUGGU